CUGCGCCGUGACGUAUCAGGGAGAGUGUUGAGCUGAGAGAGGAAAGCUGCUUUAAUUGCGGGGCAGAGAGAAAAGCCAGCGAUGGCUUCGCUCAGCCAGGAGCACCACUAUGGGCUCUCCUGUGGAAAAAAUAACAAAAACAGCUCCAACAGGACGCUGUACCAUGUCAAGCUCACGGACACGGCUAUCAGAGCGCUGGAGGCUUACCAAAACCUCAAGGGAUCUUUACCAAGCGAACCAUCGAUUUGUUUCAAAGGAAACCAAGGGUACAUCAAGAUCCCAGCUCCCACACCAGAGUCACCUUCUGCUCUUCGCGUCUUCUCCUUCUACUUAUCCAGCGAUAGCAAAGACCAACCUCAAGCCAGCUUCGACUGCAUUCAUCAAUAUGUUUCAAGUGACGGCCGUGAGCAGCUGGAAGGUCAAGGGAUCAUCCAGGACAAGAUCACAGUGUGUGCCACCGAUGACUCCUACCAGAUGACCCGUGAAAGGAUGUCUCAGGUGGAGAAGGACAGCUGGAGCCGUUCCGCCAUUGAGAUCAAACCUGGAGCCACACAUCCAAGUAAAUGUGUCAAGUUUCACAAGAGGCCAGCUCCUCUGUCUACAUCAGACAGCGGUUUCCAUAAGCAGUCUACAGCAGUCAACAACCGGAGGAACGGUGGCAUGGCCACGCCGACCCAGAAGCCCUUCAGGGAGCGCAUCAUCCACCUGCUAGCCCUCAAACCCUACAGGAAACCAGAGCUGCUGCUGUGGCUGGAAAGAGAAAGAGCUGGCCCCAAGGACAAGGCCGAGCUGGGUGCCAUAUUGGAGGAGGUGGCAAAAGUGAAUCCCAAAGACAACAGCUACCUGCUGAGAGAUGACUUCUACAAGCACGUGCAGAGGGACUGGCCAGGCUACAGCGAGGAGGAGAAGCAGCUGAUCAGCAGGCUGCUGGCUAGGAAGUUGCAGCCGCAUGUCAGCCACCAAUCGAGGAAUCUUCAAGCAAAUGUGUCGAUGCCGAAGACUUCAGAGGAUGCAACUCCACAUCACAGCACAGUGAAGAAUCCUGCAGUGAAACGCUCUGUGCCUUUUGACUCACCAGAAAGGCUAGCUGUUAAGAGGCAAAGACUUGUGGACCAGAGGUUGCAACAGCAACCCACAGCAAACGGACUCUUGAACAAUAAAGGACAUGAAGUUGCAACUCCUACCUUCAACCCUAGUUUCCACACAAAGACUGAGUUUCAACAGACAAGUAACCAUACCGGUAACCGAAAUGGCUUACCAGGGGGGCACAGUAGCUUUCCUUUAAUGCACAAACUGUCUAGUACCUCUGACACACCCGUUUCAGAGAGCAGAGAGCAAGAACCCAAAGUAAGCAGCCACCAACCCUCGCAGGGUGACUCUGACUGCGCUCACCAGCAGCUCGCCAACAGCCAGCACAGGAAGAAGAAAUCUAAAAAGCACAAAGACAAGGAGCGGGAGAGGUUAAAAGACAACAAGGGCAGCGAAUGGUUGGAGACAAGUCCUGAUCUCAAGCAGAAAACAGACAAACUUGACAAUCCUGACAUCACAAAUGCUGUGGUCUCUGAGGAGAAGCCGGAUUAUGUGCUCACGUAUGGCACCAUCAUGAAUUUGGAGCAACGUCAGAGGUACCAGGCAGAUUUCUGUGCAGAGUAUGAUGAAUAUAAAAACCUCCACUCUCGCAUCGCCACCAUAACCCACAUGUUUGUUCAGCUAGGAUCCAAGAUCAAAAGCUUGUCCCCUGGCACACGAGAAUAUAAGAUAAUGGAAGACCAAAUACUAGAAAAAUACAGCAAGUAUCGAAAGAAGUUUCCAGGCUACCGGGAAGAGAAGAAACGCUGUGAAUAUCUUCACGAGAAACUAUCCUACAUCAAACAGCUCAUCAUAGACUAUGACGUCUCUCAGACCUCCUCAUAGCAUUGGCUCUUCUUAUCAGAGUUUUUAUUAUAUGGGACCCCUGUCUUUGGAUCAAUAACAUAGGUGUCAAAGCGUUAAGCGUUUUUUAUUAAGAGUGAUUUGAAGUGGUUUUGGAUGAACAAGGACUGCUUCUGCUGGGACCACGGAAGAUGCUGUGACCACCUGUGAUAUAAAUCAAAAUCAGAUUUAUCUCUGGUAUUUGUAAAUUUGUUUUAAAGUUAUCAUUUUUUAAAGAGAUGUCUUGGUAAAAAGUGCAAGGCAAAGGCAAAAACAGUUUCCCUCAUAGUUUUUGCCAGCCUUGUGAAGACCAGUGUCAGUGUAUGCCAUUUUGUAAAAGGUAGCAAAUGUGACUUUAACUUAUUCACUUUGUUUUUGACACUUGUUAAGUCAAACCGUGCUCCGGGCAAGUUUCCCUUUUCCCCUUUUAUGAAGUUCAAUAUGCAGCGUGAAAAAAAGUGUACUUU